AUGAAGCAGCAUCGGGGAUCCAUGGCAAGGGGUAUACAACUGCUCGUGGGACUGCGCCUGCUGCUGGGUAGUCCGUUAGGGGCGCAUGCUAAGGGCCCGUGCAGCUUCUUAGACACUGUCAAUGUGACUGGCUACCCCUCGUUCCCGAACGGCAGCUACAACUACGAGGGCGUGAUAAUACCCAGCCACUACCAUGGAAAGUCGUUGGUCUGCUAUCUGGUGGGCCUGAGCGUCGGCUACUCGCUGCUGUGCUGCCUCCUACUCGUGGAGGGCAUAGAUCCGCUGGGAUUGUCCUGCAAGGUGUUUGGCUACACAACCUACUUCUUCUUCAUGUCCGCCUUCUUCUGGCUGAACGUGAUCAGCUUCGACCUGUGGCACAAUUUCCGUGGCACGCGCGGGGUCAAUCGGUUCCAGGAGAAGAAACGCUUUCUGCUCUACUCGCUCUACUCAUGGGGCCUGGCUCUAAUCUUUCUCAUCUUCACGGUGGUGGCGCAGGAGUAUACCGAGUGGCCCUACUACCUGAAGCCGGGCAUUGGCGGAGGGCAGUUCUGUUGGCUGGACAUGACCAACUGGUCGGCGAUGUUCUACUUCUUCGGACCUAUCAUGGCCAUCAUCGUGGCCAAUACGGUGAUGUUUGUGAUGACGGCCAUCAAGAUUCAUAGCGUGCAGCGCGAGAUGGCGAGGAUCAUAGCCCGUGAGGAUAGCACCAGGAAUCUGCGCACCGAAAAGGACAAAUUCGGCUUGUUUUUGCGGCUCUUUCUUAUUAUGGGCAUCACUUGGGGCUUCGGGAUUCUGUACUAUUUUGUGAACAACAACGAGAUUCUGGGGAAGGUUUUUUACCUCUGCGAUUUGUGCAAUGGCAUGCAGGGCUUUCUCAUCUUCAUGUUGCUCGUGGUGAAGCCGAAGGUCAAGCAGUUAAUUAAAGCAAGGUACAGUCCAUCUGAAAUGACGAUACAAUAA